GGCGGCCGCGGCGGCGACACGCGCGGCGACGGCGGAGCCGGGCCGGGCAGCAGGAAUGCGGAACCGGCGCGCGGGCUGAGGCCGCCGAGGAUGGCGCAGGGGCGGCGGCGGCGGCGGGCGGCUCGCGCGGGGCCCUAGUGCGGCGGGGCUGACGCUCCCGGCCCCGGCAUCGCCAGCGGGCGCAUCGCGGCCAUGGCCAAGGAGCGGCGGCGGGCUGUGCUGGAGCUGCUGCAGCGGCCGGGGAACGCUCGCUGCGCCGACUGCGGCGCCCCGGAUCCUGACUGGGCCUCCUACACCCUGGGAGUGUUCAUCUGCCUGAGCUGCUCCGGAAUCCACCGGAACAUCCCCCAGGUCAGCAAGGUGAAGUCUGUCCGCCUGGAUGCCUGGGAAGAGGCCCAAGUGGAGUUCAUGGCCUCCCAUGGGAACAACGCUGCGCGAGCCAUUUAUGAGUCCAAAGUGCCGUCCUUCUACUACCGGCCCACGUUCACCGACUGUCAACUCCUGCGGGAGCAGUGGAUCCGGGCCAAGUACGAGCGGCAGGAGUUCACCCACCCCGAGAAGCAGGAGCCCUAUUCUGCAGGAUACCGAGAGGGCUAUCUCUGGAAGCGUGGCCGGGACAAUGGGCAAUUUUUAAGCCGGAAGUUUGUGCUCACGGAACGAGAGGGAGCCCUGAAAUACUUCAACAGAAAUGACGCCAAGGAGCCCAAGGCCAUGAUGAAGAUCGAGCAUCUGAAUGCCACCUUCCAGCCCGCCAAGAUUGGUCAUCCCCAUGGCCUGCAGGUCACCUACCUGAAGGACAACAGCACUCGCAACAUUUUCGUCUAUCACGAGGAUGGCAAGGAAAUGGUGGACUGGUUCAACGCGCUCCGUGCUGCACGCUUCCACUACCUACAAGUGGCAUUCCCAGGGGCCAGCGACGCAGAUCUGGUGCCGAAGCUCUCCAGGAACUACCUGAAGGAAGGCUACAUGGAGAAAACGGGUCCCAAGCACACAGAAGGUUUCCGGAAGCGCUGGUUCACCAUGGAUGACCGGAGGCUCAUGUACUUCAAAGACCCCCUGGAUGCCUUUGCCCGUGGGGAAGUAUUCAUUGGUAGCAGGGAGAGCGGCUACACGGUGCUGGAUGGGCUCCCGCCAUCUACCCAGGGCCACCACUGGCCACACGGCAUCACCAUUGUCACACCAGAGCGCAGGUUCCUGCUAGCCUGUGAGACCGAGUCAGAGCAGAGGGCGUGGAUGGAGGCUUUCCGGAAGGUGGUGGACAGGCCCAUGCUGCCCCAGGAAUAUGCAGUGGAAGCCCACUUCAAGCAUAAACCCUAGCAAGUGGCCCAAGGACUCUGGACUCACUAGACGAGGCUGGCGAGGAGGCAGCAGCCGAAUCUUGGGGGCCUUCAGACGGAGGGGGUUGGCAGCCCAGCCCCUGUCCUGCCCUGAGGGGGCAGCCCUGGAUAUGGUCAGGUGGGGCCUGCGCUCUAACCACUAGGACAUGUUUCUCUGGAACCUCAUUUUAGCCCAUCCUGACCUCUGACCCCAUCAUGCUGCUGCCCUUUGAUGUGACACCACUAGCCCCUCCUUCGUACCCCCCCCCCCAACCCGCACUCCUCACUGGCCAACCCUUCAGCCCCUCACGAAUUUGCCCUGUCCAACCCUGACCAGGUGGGCUGUGAGACAGCGGGCUGGCUGCAUGCCUCCUCUCCCUUUCCCUCUGCCCCCACUUCCAGGUUCCCUCCCUUACUCCCUACCACCCUCCCCCAACAAGUAUUUAUUAAGCAUCUGCUGUGUGUCAGUUGUAGGGUGCUGGGGGCUGGGGUGGGGAACUUGGCCUGGUCUUCAAGCUGACCUGGCAAAUGCAGAUGGGUCUUAUGGGGCCCUCUGGGGAAUGGAGGUUGUCGCCAACUGGGACCUGCACCCUCCAGUGUGUCCCCUACCUUGUGCUGGGAGACUAGAGGGUCAAGCUGCUUGCUGGUACCUCAAGCGCCCAGCCCAGGGCUUGGCACUGACCAGUGACCAAUCCCACCUGUCUGACCUCAUGGUCUCUUUGAGCACUUGGAGGCUGGGCCCUACUCAUGCCCCACAAACUUCAGAGUGCUACUGGCCAAACUGACUACAGCCACGGAGCCCCCACCCCAGGUAACUUGGUUCUGUGCCCCCCGUGGGAGUGUGGAAGUGUGCAGGGAAGGGGUAACCAUGUGGGGCAGUGUGUGGUAACCAGGCUGUCAGGCUGGUCCUCUGCUGUCCCAGGCAGCUGAUGUAUGGUCGGGGGGGGGAGGUCACCCGCUGGGUGAGCAGAUGGCCUCCAGCCCUCGCUAUUAGCAAGGGACUAGGAAGGGAUCCCCAAAGUGUCAUGUCCUGAAGCCCCCAUCAUAGCCUGGAAUAAAGUGGGGAUUGAGUGUGGCCUCAUCUGUGUCUGGCAUCUGGGGUGGGGGCUCUGGGCCCCCACAGAGAACUGUCAGGAAUGGGUAUGCUGCCCUCCCCCUGCCUCUGAGCAUGGUGCCCACCAGCUCAACCCUUAUAAAUCUAGAUUCUGAGGGAGGUAAAGGACUGGGGGGCACGAGACACCCCUACUCACAGAAGCUCUGUCCCUGUUGAGGGACAGAGAGGUCUCUAAGGGACAGAGGGGUCUCUAAGAUGGUUGAAAGUAAGGACAACACAGUGUGAACCCUCCUCCACCGCCACCUGCAGUGCCCAGGGGGUGUAACAAAGACCCACCUGCCUCAGGCAACCCCCCCAGAAGAGGCUGCCCUCACCCCUUCCUCAGAACUGAGGCCUCCCUCCCCAGUGCCCUAAUGCCCUAUCUACUACCACUGACCUGUUUUCUACAUAAGGAAACUCAAGCCCCAGAGGUAGGACUUGCUCUGCAUCAGAAAUAAAAAACCCCGUGUCCCCCUGGAUUUAAACCCCCCCGUGCAGGGGUCAAUCCCACCCAUAAGCCCUCUUGGACUGAUCUCCUAGAUCCUUCUUGGACCCUAGAAGUGCGGGUGUCCAUUCUGAGAGCACACGAGCAUGCGUAUAUGCAGACAAGAGCGCACACACGUAUGCCCGUGUGAGGGGGCGUGAUGGUGCAUGUGAGGGUGUACGUACCCUUGCAUGUGCACACCCAUGUGUUAUACAGGAAACAGACAACCUUAACAUUUUAAAAGAAAACAACUUGACAACUGGUGGGAACAUUUCUUAGGCAAGGCUGGGAGUUAUAAUCCAUAAAUGGCUGGUCCUUUUUUCUUACCUUGAAGUUCUUUUAAGGUGCUGUGGCCAGGACCUCCCUCGCAGGGGCCCUGGGAGCCCUCUGGGCACACCUAGUGCUGGUCCUGGGCCAUGAGGUCAGUGCAGCUGUCCUGGCCUGCUAGCACUAAGGUGGAGGGGUCGCAGGUACGCUCAUGCUCCUAGAAAAUGGAAAAUGACCGCGCCCUUCAAACCGCACGGUAAAACCACAGGCUUAUGGGGUCAGCCACACGCACGUGAUGCUCAUCCCAUCCUAAGUGAACGGCGGGGUUUACAUGGUUACGGCAAACACUAGGUAAAGCCUGCACGUCACGAGGUAACUGGGAGCUACCAUGAAGGAGGGGAACCUGAAACCUGAGGGGUGACCCACACCAGGACCACGUAUGCUGUCCAGCUCAGCUCCUUCGUCCCGUGUCAAUUCUGGGCCAAAUCACAUAAAAAUGCACUCUGCUCAAAUUGCUCCCUGAUAACAUCAGCAGAGUGGGUGCAAUUUGUGGCUUCAAAACAAGCAUCGCGGCAGAAGCAGCAUAUCCCUACUGGGCUCAGACUCCAUCCAGCUUCCCUGUCCAGUCGAUGGUCAGGCCUGAGCCCCAAGUCCACUCUCUCCCAAGAACCACCUUGGGCAGUCUGGGGGAGAGGGUGCUCCAGCGGUUUUCCAUCUCAGGACAGGUCAGCACAGCCUCUCCUCGAUGACUGGAGGCUCAUGCUGCUGCCCACACCUCCUGGCUGCUCCAACACCUCAACUUGUUUUAUCUAAGACCAUGAAACUUUCUCAACAUUGGCUACCUGCUGCUGUCCACACCAUCCCUCUCAGGCUGGACAACCCUGGAAGCCACUGGUCAUAGCACCUGGCCCCUUGCUGGGGCGUCACAGGCCUUUGCUCAGAUGCCCACGUCCCAGAGCUCACUCAGAAAGGACCAGUGCUGCAGAGCCCAGUAUAAAGGAUUUAUUUAAACUCAAUUAACACAAACCUUCCUUGAAAUUCCAUUUUUACAGUAAAUAAAAUUGUUUAUUUCCCUCCUUCCCAUGCAUGAUCACUGUGUAUUAAUCUACAACUCUUAACUGUGAAAAAAUAAAGUGUUUCCUGUUCGUAACGAUCCUGGUAACACCUGGAUAGCAUCAGUGAGCCGGGAGAGCCCUGCAAGCUCCUGGACUGGUUAUUUGGCUAAAACCUAUAAUGUCAGCUCAGAGGAAACAAUCAACCGAUGAAGAUAAAUAUUGCAUUAGGAGAGGUGGAAAGUUCUGCAGCAUCCCUUUGGAAAGACACCAUUUCCAGAGUGACAACGUGACCCUCAGCAGCAGGGCUGUGGCUUCCAGGACCCAGCAUGGAACAGCUGCUCUCCAGGCCACAGCAGGACGUCCAAGGGGACAGCUCGCAAGCGCUGUCUGUGCUGGGGGACAGGCACUCGUGACAGUGGUUUCAGGACACUGCCUCGCACACCAGAAGCUGCGCCCAUGUCAGCCCUCAGCCCUCCCAAAGCAAAGAGAAACAAAGGACUGGGAAAGGUGGCGCAGCAAGGCCUGUGCUUUAUUGGGGUCAAUCUGAGGGAACACGGUGUCGGCCUGGUCGGCACAGCGACGCACAGCCCUUGGCCAGCGCACAGACACAGACACCGACACGCAGCCACAGCCUCAGAACCCAGAGCCCGUGGGGCAUGAGGAC